AUGAUUUUUAGUCGUCGUUUAUCUACUCUAAUCCCACCAAAGGUUGUUUCUGCCAAACAGUUAGGUAAUGCACCAAAUGCCAAAAGAGUGGCUAAUAUGGUCAGUUUCUACAAGUCACUUCCACAAGGUUCAGCACCUGCAUCUCAAGGUAAAGGUAUUGUAAAUUGGUAUAAAGCUAAGUACUUUGACGGUGAUAAAGCUAGUGGUAAACCAUUGUUACAUCUGGUCUUUGGUCUAGCCGCUUUUGGUUACUCCAUGGAAUACUAUUUCCAUUUGAGACAUCAUAAGGGUGGUGAAGAAGAACAUUAA